CUAACCCCUUAAGUGAAAUUGUGGAUAUUUUUCAAAUACACACGCCAACUCUUUCCGAACUAACCUAAGCAAGCUGUGCCGCUUUUGCCAAACACCAAACUAGUUCGGAGUUUUCAAGACAAUUACAAAAAUCUUCAUAAUUUUCAAAAUUGCUAGUCUUUAAUACUCUAAAUUUGUAAUUUUACUAUUUAUUUGCAAUCAUCAAUUGCAAUUUAAUAACAUCAUUAUUACUAAAUUGAAGAUUAUUUGAUUCCUUUUUAUUGGAAUUGGACUGGUGUGCUCAAUAAUAUAACAAAAAAUUUUACUUAAAAGCAAACAACAAAGAAACACAAAUAGACAAUGAGCGAAUUAACACGAUUACGAGAAUUUCUGAACGAAUUAAUACCUAGCGAAGAUCAGUUUCUGCGUCUCUAUCAAAACUUUUGCGCUCAAAUACGCAAAGGCUUGGGCGUGAAGACUAACAAGGAUGCAGACACAAAAUGUUACCUUACAUAUGUGCAGGAUUUUCCCCAUGGCAAUGAGACGGGUAAAUAUUUAGCACUCGAUUUGGGUGGAUCACGGUUUCGUGUGCUGCUUGUCACGCUGAAGGGCGAUCGUGACGUCGAACUAGUGUCAAAGAUUUAUGAUCUAACAGAGAAGGAAUUGCUCGGUAGCGGUACGCAACUGUUUGAUUACAUCGCCAGGUGUCUGCAUGAAUUUGUUUGUGAGCAAAAAGUCGAAGGCGAACACAUGGCGCUGGGCUUCACAUUCUCAUUUCCAUGCGUGCAGACCGGCUUGAGUCGCGCUACACUGGUGCGUUGGACGAAAGGUUUCAAUUGUUCGGAUACAGUUGGUGAAGAUGUGGGCGUCAUGUUAAAGUCGGCAAUCUCACGACGCACUGGACUUAAAAUCGACAUGGUUGCCAUAUUGAACGAUACGACCGGUACACAAAUGUCCUGCGCCCAUCGCAAUCCGGCAUGUAAUAUCGGUUUGAUUGUCGGCACAGGCUGCAAUGCCUGCUAUACGGAAAAGGUGGAAAAUUGUGAACGUUUGGACUCCAAAUAUAAGGAUCGACCUAAGAUUAUAAUCAAUGUGGAGUGGGGCGCUUUCGGCGAAAAGGGUGGUCUUGAUCACUUACUAACCGAUUACGAUAGGAUUGUGGAUAAAAAUUCGUUGAAUGUGGGCUCACAGAUCUAUGAAAAAAUGGUAGCAGGCAUGUACAUGGGUGAACUGGUACGCCUGAUUAUGUUACGCGCCGUCAAUGAGAAUUUGAUAUUUGCACAAUGCAAGCUGCGCAAACAAAUCACGGACAUCCUGACGAAAAAGCCAAAUUGCAUUGAAACGAAGGUACUCUCCGAUUUAGCCAACGAUAAAGGUGACGACUGGCCAAUGGUAAAAGAUAUCUUCAAAGACAUAUUCCAUUUGCACGACGCCGAUCCUGAUGACUGCAUGAAAUUCAAAUAUAUUUGCGAUGUCGUAGCGAAGCGUUCCGGUAACAUGCUGGGCGUUACAUUAAGCAGUUUGGUGAACAAAGUUGGUGAAAGCUUCUCUAUCAUCGGUGUGGACGGCACUGUUUAUCGUUGUCAUCCGAACUUCGAUGGUUAUAUGCGCGAAACGUUGGAUCGUUUUGUGGAAAAGGAUCGCAAGUAUGACAUUAUGCUCUCAGAGGACGGUUCGGGUCGCGGUGCUGCAUUAGUAGCUGCUGUCGUUCAUAGGGAGUACAUUGAAAGAAAAUCAUUAAAUGCCAGAUUACAUAAUUAAACUCUGACAAUCUUUGGACACACCACAAAUCAGAUGACAGUUAAAAAAAAAAAAAUAGCACAAAAUUAUAAGGAAUAAAUACAGUGUGUGUAAUGCAUUGAAAAAAAAA